AUAAAACAAAAAAAAAACAAAGAAAAAGCUGAAAAUUGUGCUAAUAAUUGCGCGCAUUAAAAACGCAUAAACAGCCAAAGCAUAAAAAAAUAAGUUUAUAGAAAUUAGCCAAAAACAACAACAAAACAUAUCGCAAUCAGAAUUUGUUUUUUUACGUGCUGAGCUCAAUUGCCGCACAGACUCAAUGAGUUUUUAUUUAAUUUCAUUUAUUUUGUGAAUGCACAACAUGCAGUAGCUCAGCUGGAAACUGUCAAAGCGAGAAAGAGCGAGAGAGAGAAAGAGAGAGAGAGAGAGUUAAAGAGAGAGCAACUUAACCUGAAAAAAUGUCAACUACCUUAGUACAAAAAAAAUCAAAUAAAAAAACUAAACUAAACAAUAAUUCGGAGCAGCUGAAUAGUAAGCAAACUAGGAUAAACGUAGCUGUUGCGGCUGUGGCAACUCCAAAACGUAUUGCGACCAUAUCGCAGAUGCUGCAAUACGAUAUUGAUAAUACGCUUAAUACGCUUAAGGAGCAACAGCACCAUGCGCUAAUGGAACAGACAUCAACUAUCAGCAGCAAGCAGAGUAAGGUCAACUUAGAUCUGGAUAAUAACGUAGAGAUGCCAGCCGAGAGCCAGAGUACAGCUGGCAGCCCCAGCGUCGAGCUGGAGGUCGAAGAUAUUGUAACUGGCAAAUCCUGCUUGGGUGUUGCCAACGGCUUUAUGCCGCCCACGCCGCCAGCUACGCCCAAUUUGCAGAAUACGGCGCAAAAGCGUUGGCGUAUCCUGGCCAAAGUGUUGCGCAAGGACUCGGAGGAGACGGUCAGCUCGUCCAGCGAUGAGUUUAGCGAGGAGCAAACGGCAUCUGUGCGACGCUUUAAGAGCUUCGAUCUGCUGCGCCAAGACAGCUUCGAGGAUCAUGUGAGCCUCAAGUGCUUGGGCAAAACGGAGAAUUGGUACAAGUAUCGCAUGCAGCUGCACAACGAUAUCGAAUACUCUGUAAAUAUACAUCACAUGGAACGUCAGCUGACCGCCAACGAUCUGAUGGGCUUCAACAAUACGGGCAACAUCUGCGUCUGGCCAUCGGAGGAGGCGCUCACGGCGCUUGUAUUGUCGGAUCUGGGUGCGUAUCGUGGCAAGUGGAUAUUGGAGCUGGGCGGUGGCUUCACCUCGUUGGCGGGUUUGAUGCUGGCCAAGUAUGCUAAGCCCUAUGCGGUGCAUCUGACGGACGGGAAUGAGGUAAGCGUGGAGAAUGUGCGGAAAACAGUUUGCCUGAACGAGCUGAGCUGCUAUACCAAAUGCUCCGUGCUCAAGUGGCAGGAGGCAACAGCGCGUGCGGCGGCAGAGCAAGCGAAAUUUGAGUUCAUAUUAUGCGCGGACUGUCUAUUCUUCGAUGAGGCCAGAUCGGCGCUGGUCGAUACCAUAUGGUAUUAUUUGGCGCCCCAGGGCGUGGCACUCAUCAUGGCACCCCGUCGCGGUCGCACGCUGAAUGUGUUCCGGGAUGAGUGUGUGGCGCGUGGCUUUCGCGUUGACCUUGCCACGCGCUACAACGAGACCAUCUGGCAGCGGCAUCUCCAGCUCAAGGCUGACUCGGCCCUCUACGACGAGGAUCUGCACUAUCCACUCCUACUGCGUCUCUGCAAAUCACAUAGCUAGAGAUGAGCGCGCGAACUAGCGUACGGCCGACUGGUUGCAGCUGCCUAAGUAGGUUCAAUUAAAGCUUAGUUAAUGGUUUAGUUUAUAGCAAACAAAUUCCAGUUUACACCUAAAACAAACAAUUUUUAAAUAAAUGUUAAAAUAAAUUUAAAAAACACAAAAAACACCACAAAGAGGUAUCGAUAGGCCUAUGAAAACUAUUCCUCCCACAAUGCAAAAAAAAAGGCACGUUAAAUGCAAAAAUUGUAAAAUUUUGUUAAGGUUGGUCC